AUGAAUUCACUAUCGGUUAAACUCUUGUUCCUGCUAAUUCUGCUUCUAGCGUACGUGGCGUCGUCCGAGUCAGCUGACUGCGAGAAACUCCAUUGCUGGCAGGACUGCCUCUCCAAGCUCUACAGUUAUGGAGUGUGCGUAAACAACGAGUGCCAGUGUUGCGGCAAAUUCAUCGGUGGAAAAUAGGAGAAAAAAACGAAUCAAUGUAUCAUCCAGCCUAAGCGUUGAAUAAAGCACAAGAAUAGAG